UGUACUUUUGUGCUUUAUAGAUUGAGAUAAAAAUGAAGAAGACAGAAGCUAUUCGAUGGGAUAAACUAGAGGGUCAAGCAGAUUAUUAUGCAAAACAUUUUACACCAGAUUCUUUGCACAAAUACCCAACAUCUUCUCACUAUACCAGGAACUGGGAUAAGCUGGUUGGUGAAAUCAAAGAGGAGGAGAAAACUGAAAAACUGGAGGGAGAUGCAGCACUUAACCAGUUAUUCCAACAGAUUUAUUCAGAUGGCAAUGAUGAAGUAAAACGUGCCAUGAACAAAUCAUUUAUGGAGUCUGGUGGCACAGUCCUUAGCACAAACUGGUCAGAUGUGGGUAAAAGGAAAGUUGAUGUGAAUCCUCCAGAUGAUAUGGAAUGGAAGAAAUUCUGA